AUGUCUGAGAGAAAAGUGCUUAAUAAAUACUAUCCUCCGGACUUCGAUCCGUCGAAGAUUCCGCGUAUGAAAUUGGCGAAAAACCGGCAGUAUACAGUACGUCUAAUGGCUCCAUUCAACAUGCGUUGUGCUACAUGCGGCGAAUACAUAUAUAAGGGUAAAAAAUUCAACGCUAGAAAAGAAGACGUCGAGAAUGAGGAUUACCUUGGUAUAAGGAUUUACAGGUUUUAUAUUAAGUGCACAAGAUGUCUUCAAGAAAUAUCUUUCAAAACUGAUCCACGUAACACAGACUAUGAAAUAGAAGCAGGGGCAACAAGGAACUUUAUGGCACUAAAACUUGCAGAAGAACAAGCAAAACGUGAGGAAGAAGAGCAAAAGGAAGAAGAAGCCAACAAUCCUAUGAAGUUACUGGAGUACAGAACAGAACAAUCUAAACAAGAAAUAGAAUCAUUAGAAAAUUUGGAAGAGUUGAAGGAAUUAAACAGAAGACAGCGUGCUGUUGAUUAUGAAGGUAUGCUGAAGCAGUACCAGCCUGAAACUGCUGAUGAGAGAAGAGCCAGAGAAGAGAAAGAAGAUAAUGAAUUCAUAAAGUCAAUUAAAUUCAGCAAUCCAGCAGCCAAGAGAGUAGUAGAAGAAAUAAUCGAGGAAGUUGUAGAUGAAGACAGUGGCCCUUCAGCUAAAUCUUCUAGAAUAGAAGUUGCCCCGAAGAAACCCACAGAUGUUACAAAGCAGCGAACAUGGAACAAGAGUAUAGGAGUUUUAUCCAAGAAGCCAGCAUUGGCAAACUUAGUGAGGAGUAAAAAGGAGUCUGAUGUACAGAGUACAACAGAGAAAAGUUCAGAUAAUGUAGUAAGUACUGUAGCCAAUAAGAGUAAUGAAGAGAGGAGUCAGUCAACUCCCAGUGCAACUGGACUGUCCCUACUAGCAGAUUAUUCUGGCAGCGAUAGUGAUUCGCAAUAA